AUCAUACUAUUAUUCUUUACACCUCGACUGACCUGAUUGUUUAUUAAGUGCUCAGUUAUUGCAUGUCAUCACGAUGCGGAGGUUGCUUCUAUGUGUGUGCCUCGUAGCAGGCGUAGUUUGUGAUCAGACAAGUGAUGAGGCAGAGUCCAGGAUUGUUCGUAUUUCCCAAGGAUCUAUUCGUGGAUUUAGAGACCCCGAAGAGGAUAUCUUCAUUUUCUAUGGAGUCCCAUAUGCUAGGGCACCGACAGGACCAAAUAAGUUUAAGGCACCUCUUCCUGCACCAAUUUGGUUAGAAACAUUAGAUGCAGUAGAUAAAGGUAUAAUAUGUUACCAACCUAAAGAAGUUGUUGGAGCGUAUAGGAUGGAGAAAAUUAUGCAAGAAGAUUGUCUGAUUGCAAAUAUAUAUGUACCCAAAACAAACAAUAAAAAUAUUCCUGUUGUGGUUUAUGUACAUGGUGGUGCUUUCCACGUGGGUUAUGGGGAUUUAGCAACUCCAAAAAAAUUGGUUAAAACUAAAGAUGUAAUAGUCGUAACAUUUAAUUACCGACUUGGUGUACAAGGUUUCCUAUGCUUGGGUACAGAAUAUGCUCCCGGGAAUGCCGGUAUGAAAGACCAGGUUGCAUUACUGCGAUGGGUAAAGAAAAACAUUGCCAGCUUCGGGGGUAAUCCGGAUGAUGUCACUAUAGCUGGUUACAGUGCAGGUUCUGCAUCUGUUGAUCUUUUAUUGCUUUCACCUCUAGCCAAGGGACUUUUUACUAAAGCAAUACCUGAGAGUGGUUCUAAUACAGCCGUAUGGUCGUUGCAACAAGAUCCUCUUCAGAAUGCAAAAGAUUACGCAAAGUUGCUGAAUUUCACAAAUGUUGAAGAUUUUUAUGCUUUGGAAGAAUUCUAUAAAACGGCGCCUUUAGAAAUAUUAGAAUCUGAACUAUUCUUAGAUGUUCCUGAUUCCACUUUUGGAUUUACUUUAUGUGUCGAACGUGAUACAGGGGAAGAGAAGUUUCUUGAUGAUACCCCUGUUAAUAUUUUAAAAAAAGGAAAAUAUAAUAAAGUACCGUUGCUAUAUGGAUUUGCUAACAUGGAAGGUCUAUUCCGUUUGCCACUUUUUGAACUAUGGAAGGACAGAAUAAAUGAGAAAUUUUCUGACUUUCUACCAGCUGAUUUGCAAUUCGAAAAUGAAAAUGAGAAGGAUGAAGUAGUUGAGCAGAUUAAAAAAUUCUAUUUUAAAGAUAGUCCAAUAAGUUCAGACACUGUAACUGGUUAUGUCGAUUAUUUCACUGAUAUUCUUUUUGCAUAUCCAGCACUGAGGUCUAUAAAGUUACAAGUCGAAGCUGGUAAUGACGAAAUAUAUUUAUAUGAAUAUUCAUUUAUUGAAGAAGUUAAUGUUCCGGAACAAUAUCCAAGUCUUCGAGGAGCAAAUCAUUGCGCUCAAACAGUGGCUGUACUUGAUGGAACAUUCAUUGAUGGUAGAGAUGAAAAAAAUAUUAGUGACGACUUACAGAAAGUUAAAGCAACUGUGAGAGACCUGUGGUCAAAUUUUAUUAAGACUGGUAAUCCGGUGCCAGAAGGAUCAUCAUAUCCAGCAUGGCCCCCUACAAACGCAAAUGGUUUCCCUUACAUGGAGAUAGGGAGGGAGCUGCAACUGAGAGGAACACUACUGGAGAAGCGAAUUCGUUUCUGGGAUGCUAUCUACGAGCAAUACUAUCGCCCUCCCGCGGCACCACCAGCGCCGCCUGCCAAGCACAGCGAGCUUUACUAUUAUUAUUUAUAUGUCGACUUACCUGAUUGUUUAUUAAGUGCUCAGUUAUUGCAUGUCAUCACGAUGCGGAGGUUGCUUCUAUGUGUGUGCCUCGUAGCAGGCGUAGUUUGUGAUCAGACAAGUGAUGAGGCAGAGUCCAGGAUUGUUCGUAUUUCCCAAGGAUCUAUUCGUGGAUUUAGAGACCCCGAAGAGGAUAUCUUCAUUUUCUAUGGAGUCCCAUAUGCUAGGGCACCGACAGGACCAAAUAAAUUUAAGGCCCCUCUUCCUGCACCAAUUUGGUUAGAAACAUUAGAUGCAGUAGAUAAAGGCAUAAUAUGCCAUCAACCUAAAGAAUUUGUUGGAACAUAUGGGAUAGAGAAAAUUAUGCAAGAAGAUUGUCUGAUUGCAAAUAUAUAUGUACCAAAAACAAACAAUAAAAAUAUUCCUGUUGUGGUUUAUGUACAUGGAGGUGCUUUCCACGUGGGUUAUGGGGAUUUAGUAACUCCAAAAAAAUUGGUUAAAACUAAAGAUGUGAUAGUCGUAACAUUUAAUUACCGACUUGGUGUACAAGGUUUCCUAUGCUUGGGUACAGAAUAUGCUCCCGGGAAUGCCGGUAUGAAAGACCAGGUUGCAUUACUGCGAUGGGUAAAGAAAAACAUUGGCAGCUUUGGGGGUAAUCCGGAUGAUGUCACUAUAGCUGGUUACAGUGCAGGUUCUGCAUCUGUUGAUCUUUUAUUGCUUUCACCCCUAACCAAAGGACUUUUUACUAAAGCAAUACCUGAGAGUGGUUCCAAUACAGCCGUAUGGUCGUUGCAACAAGAUCCUCUUCAGAAUGCAAAAGAUUACGCAAAAUUGUUGAAUUUCACAAAUGUUGAAGAUUUUUAUGCUUUGGAAGAAUUCUAUAAAACGGUGCCUUAUGAAAUAAUAGCUUCUAAACCAUUCUUAGAUGUUCCUGAUUCCACUUUUGGAUUUACUUUAUGUGUCGAACGUGAUACAGGGGAAGAGAAGUUUCUUGAUGAUACCCCUGUUAAUAUUUUGAAAAAUGGAAAAUAUAAUAAAGUACCGUUGCUAUAUGGAUUUGCUAACAUGGAAGGUCUAUUCCGUUUGCCACUUUUUGAACUAUGGAAGGACAGAAUAAAUGAGAAAUUUUCUGACUUUCUACCAGCUGAUUUGCAAUUCGAAAAUGAAAAUGAGAAGGAUGAAGUAGUUGAGCAGAUUAAAAAAUUCUAUUUUAAAGAUAGUCCAAUAAGUUCAGACACUGUAACUGGUUAUGUCGAUUAUUUCACUGAUAUUCUUUUUGCAUAUCCAGCACUGAGGUCUAUAAAGUUACAAGUCGAAGCUGGUAAUGACGAAAUAUAUUUAUAUGAAUAUUCAUUUAUUGAAGAAGUUAAUGUUCCGGAACAAUAUCCAAGUCUUCGAGGAGCAAAUCAUUGCGCUCAAACAGUGGCUGUACUUGAUGGAACAUUCAUUGAUGGUAGAGAUGAAAAAAAUAUUAGACGACUUACAGAAAUUAAAGCAACUGUGAGAGACCUGUGGUCAAAUUUUAUUAAGACUGGUAAUCCGGUGCCAGAAGGAUCAUCAUAUCCAGCAUGGCCCCCUACAAACGCAAAUGGUUUCCCUUACAUGGAGAUAGGGAGGGAGCUGCAACUGAGAGGAACACUACUGGAGAAGCGAAUUCGUUUCUGGGAUGCUAUCUACGAGCAAUACUAUCGCCCUCCCGCGGCACCACCAGCGCCGCCUGCCAAGCACAGCGAGCUUUAGAUUUUAGAUUAUAAUUUAUUUGCUUUUAUUUUUAUUAUCGGUUGUUUAAUUUACUAAUAAUAUAAUUAUAAUAACUAA